AAGAUGGCGGCGCCCGUGGAGGUUGUAGUAACGGCUGAUUCUGCAGGGCAGCUGUGGAACUGCGCUGUUUUCGACCCUCAUACCGGAACAAAUCUUUUAUCUUACCGAGGGGGGAACUCAUCUGCCCGCUCUUUAACCAUCCUCAAUGGAGAAUACAUCCUCGGGGCUCAACUGGGCAAAAACUUCAUCAACGUGUGGGAGAUACAAAGAAAGGACCAACUGCAGCAGAAAAUUGUGUGUCCUGGGAUUGUAACCUGCCUAACAACCUCCCCUGAUGGCUUCUAUGUGCUGGCGGGCAUAGCCGAAGCGAUAUAUCUAUGGGAGGUUUCAACAGGAAACCUGCUGGUUAUUUUGAACCGCCACUACCAGGACUUGAGCUGCCUGCGUUUCACUGAUGACAGCAGCCAUUUUGUGUCAGGAGGAAAGGACAAUCUGGCACUCGUAUGGAACCUUGCCAGUGUCAUACAGUUGGACUCCUCUCGUACUCCAGAGCCUCGGCACGUGUUGUCCCGUCACUCUCUCCCCAUCACGGACGUCCACUGUGGGCUGAUGGGACCUCAGGCAAGAGUGGCUACUGCAUCUUUAGACCAGACUGUUAAACUGUGGGAAAUUUCCUCUGGAGAGAUGCUUUUGUCAGUUCUCUUUGACAUCAGCAUCAUGUCAGUGACCCUUGACCCCUGUGAGUACUUCCUGUUCUGUGGAGGAAGUGAUGGAAAUAUCUUUCAGGUGUCCCUCUGUAACACGGCUUUAAGUCGGGAUAAGACCUUCCAGUCGGAUGGUGACGGCAACCAGGUGUUCAAAGGUCACAGGAAUCUAGUGACGUGCCUGUCUGUCUCCAUGGAUGGUACGCUGCUGCUGUCAGGUUCACAUGACGAGACUGUCAGGAUGUGGGACGUUCAAAGCAAGCAGUGUAUCCGCUGCAUCAACCACAAAGGUCAGGUGACCAACGCUGCUAUUAUUCCAGCCCCCGGUAACAUGUUCCUGCCUGACAGUCGGCCUGGCAUCCCAUUACCUCGCUUCAGCCGCCAUCUGAACAAUUCUGAGCAAGCUGAGGGAGCUGGAACUGGAGGGACGUGUCUCAGGCUGGGCGCCAACUGCCAGGAGCCAGAGGAGACGUAUCUGGAGAAGGCAGACCACCUCCAUUCUCUUAUGUGCGCUGUUACAGACAAGAGUGUGUUUGGUGACGGAGAGAACACAAAGGUACGCGUUUCGGAAUUGGAAGAAGAGGUGAGGACCCUGAAGCAAAUCAACAAAGAGCUGUAUGAGUUUUCCACACAGCUCCUUACAAAGCCUAAUUAGAAAGUCCUUCGUGAAUUGACCUCACUGUGAGCAGAAAUGAGCUUGUUAAAGUAAAAGUGGCUGUAAUAUUGUGAAUAAAACUUCAGUCACAUAUUGUAUGUUGGACACACACAGUGAUGUGGUCUCUCUUCCUCUGAGGUAUUUGAAAUUCUCAUUGACUUUGUAUGAUAAACAUUUUUUUUAAAUAUUCA